AUGUCAUCAAUCAAAAUCCCAGAUGCCUUUCUCAGCGGCCCAUCAGCAAACCCUCAAGCCUACCGCAUCGACUUCGAAAAAACAUCACCACCCAUCGUCGCAUUCAAAAACAACUUUGCCGCCGUCAUCGACAAUUUCAUGACCGAAACCGAAUGCAAAGAACUCCUCCGCCUCGCCGAAGAAUCCAUAACCGCUCCGCAAACAGACGAAACAACCAAAGACCCCUCAAAACCCGCACCCGCGCCAGUAUGGGAACGCGCGAUGGUCAACGCAGGCAACGGGAAACAGGUCAUGUCUGUCGACACGCGCAAGAGCGGCAGAAUUAUCCUCGACUCCUUUGACAUUUCCCAGCGCAUACUAGACCGAUUACGUCCGUUUUUGCGUGAUUUUGGGAUCGAGCGCGUUCAAAACCAGCCUACCGUUACGGGUCUUGGGCCCGCGCGACGGAAUGAAGUCUUCGCCGUGUCUAGUUUGAAUGAGCGGAUGCGAUUUCUGCGGUAUGAGGGUGGUGAUUACUUUCGUCCGCACUGGGAUGGGUGUUAUGUGACGCCAGAUGGGAAGGAGCGGUCGCUUUUUACGAUUCAUUUGUAUUUAAAUGGGGAGGGGGAGCAGGAUAUGGAGGAGUUGAGACCUUAUUUGAAGCGCGCGGAGAAGGAGAAUCGGCUUAUACUGGGCGGGAAGCUUUAUGAUGAGGUGGAGUCGAAGGAGAUGUUGGAUGAACAGGAGAUUUCGAGUGAGGAUUCUCCUCAGGUGGAAGGGUCGUUAUUAGGCGGCGCGACUUCGUUCAUUGAUGGAUUGGGCUACAAGGAUGCUGUGCGUGUGUUUCCAAAGACAGGAUCCAUCCUAAUUUUCUCGCAGAGAAAUCUGAUGCAUUGUGGGGAUGAUGUGUUUCGGGGUGUGAAGUAUACAGUUCGAUCGGAUUUGAUGUAUUCAAAAGAGGAUUAA